AUGGCGUGGUAUUGUUCAGCAAAAAGUAAUGAUGGUUUGGUGGAAAAUUUAAAAAGAGCAGAUAUUAUUAAAUCAGAAAGGGUUGUAACAGCAAUGAAAUCUAUUGACCGAAAAAAUUAUGUAGAAUUUGAACCAUAUCGUGAUUCACCUCAUAGUAUAGGUUAUGGUGCCACCAUCUCUGCACCACAUAUGCAUGCAUAUGCAUUACAAAGCUUAGAACCAUUUCUACAGCCUGGAAUGAAAGCUCUAGAUAUUGGAUCUGGAUCUGGUUAUUUAUCAGCAUGCAUGGCUCAAAUGGUUGGACCUAGUGGCAAAAUUAUUGGAAUAGAUCAUAUUCCCGAACUUGUAAAUAAAGCCAUAAAUAAUGUAAAAAAAGAUAAGCAAGAACUUCUAGAUACUAAAAGAUUAAAUUUUAUUGUUGGUGAUGGUAGAAAAGGUUAUCCGGAGGAAGCACCUUAUGACUGCAUUCAUGUUGGAGCUGCAGCUAAAGAAACACCAGAAGCAUUAAUUGAUCAAUUGAAAUCACCUGGCCGAAUGUUUAUUCCUGUGGGUAGUGGGCAUCAAUCAAUUUAUCAAAUUGAUAAAGACAAUGAUGGAAAUAUCAUAAAAAAGGUUUUAAUGGAUGUUUCGUAUGUUCCACUUACUGAUGCUCAUAAACAAAUAAAUUAA